AUGUCCGGCGGUGGAGUCAACGCGGGCGACAGCAAGCUCGUGUUCGAGAGCUCCGAACACGUCAAGGUGGCGCCCACCUUCGAUGCCAUGGGCCUCAAGGAGGACCUGCUGCGCGGCAUCUACGCCUACAACUUUGAAAAGCCAUCGGCGAUUCAGCAGCGUGCCAUCCUGCCCAUCAUCCGUGGGCGGGAUGUGAUUGCACAGGCGCAGUCCGGCACGGGCAAGACGGCGACGUUCAGCAUCUCGAUGCUGCAGAACAUCGACACCACGCUGCGCGAGACACAGGCGCUGGUGCUCAGCCCCACGCGCGAGCUCGCCAUCCAGAUCCAGUCGGUCGUCCUCGCGCUCGGCGACUAUCUCAACGUCCAGUGCCACGCAUGCAUCGGCGGUACGAGUGUAGGUGAGGACAUCCGCAAGCUCGACUAUGGCCAGCAUAUCGUCUCGGGCACGCCCGGGCGCGUGUACGACAUGAUCCGACGCCGUCACCUGCGCACCAAGAACAUCAAGAUGCUCAUCCUCGACGAGUCAGACGAGCUGCUCAACAUGGGCUUCAAGGACCAGAUCUACGACGUGUAUCGCUACCUGCCGCCCGCGACGCAGGUGGUGCUGCUCUCGGCCACGCUGCCGCAGGACGUGCUGGAGAUGACGAGCAAGUUCAUGACCGACCCCGUGCGCAUCCUGGUCAAGCGCGACGAACUCACGCUCGAAGGCAUCAAGCAGUUCUUUGUCGCCGUCGAAAAGGAAGAGUGGAAGUUCGACACGCUCUGCGACCUCUACGACACGCUCACCAUCACUCAGGCCGUCAUCUUUUGCAAUACGCGUCGCAAGGUCGACUGGCUAGCGGGCAAGAUGAAGGAGAACAACUUUCAGGUCAGCAGUAUGCACGGCGAGAUGCAGCAGAAGGAACGCGAUGCCAUCAUGGCCGAGUUCCGACAGGGCAGCUCGCGCGUGCUCAUCACCACCGACGUCUGGGCGAGGGGUAUCGACAUUGCCAACAUCUCGCUCGUCAUCAACUACGACCUCCCCACCAACCGCGAGAACUACAUCCACCGCAUCGGUCGCUCCGGUCGCUUCGGCCGCAAGGGCGUCGCCAUCAACUUUGUCACGCUCGAAGACGUGCGCAUCCUCCGCGACAUUGAGCAGUUCUACUCGACCCAAAUCGACGAAAUGCCCGUCAAACUCGACGAUGUCCUCUAG